AUGCAAAAUAAAAAGGAGGAUGUAAAGGAGAAUGAAAGGCGUUGUGUCUGUCCUGUCCCGAUAAGCCCGCUGAUUUUGGCUUUGGAGUUUGUGAAGUUGGGUGAUAAGGAAGCAGCUCCACUAGAAUUUCGGAACACGGCCAUCCAGUUCUACGAUCUGCAGGACCGUCUGGGGUACGACCAGCCGAGCAAGGCGGUGGAAUGGCUGCUCAGGGCGGCGGCGGCCUCCAUCGACGAGCUGCCGCCGAUGAGCAGCCCCUUCCCGGACACACCCAAGCAGCUGAGCGACGAGAAGCGGUCGAGCACGGCCGCCGGCAGCGACCAUCUGGGGUUCGACUCGGCCGAGAUCGACAUGGACGGCGGCGGCGGAGGAGGCGGAGGGGGAGAUCCUGGGUUUCCCCAGCCGCCGGUGACGAAAUCCUCCGCCUGCAGCAGCCCGUCGGAGACUAGUAAGGGGUCGGCCGGCCUCUCUCUGUCCAGAUCUGAGAGCCGGAUCAAGGCCCGUGAGCGUGCCAAAGGGAGAGUGGCCGAGAAGGAGAAAGAGAAGGAGAAUGACUCACCUCUUGUGGCCGGCGCCACACUGAACCAUAUUUCUCAGGCCACCUCUUUCACCGAGCUUCUGAGCGGAGGAAUUAGCAGUGCUGCUAACAACAACCACACGAACAGCUCCGACCAAGGAUCCAAUGGCACCGGGUCGGAUUUCUUCCUGAAAUCCCCCAGAAAUUGGUCCUCAACCCCGAUGGACUACUUCACCUCCGGCCUCUUGGGGACGCCGGCGCCGGCGCCGGCGACCGCUCGCGCGGGGCAGAUGCAGCAGGGUAGCGCGAACCCGUUCGCACCGGCGGCGUCGCCGAUUUUCAGCGUGGUGUCCGACCACCACCCGGAGCUUCAGCCUUUCUCCUUCAUCCCGGAAUUUGUCUCCGGCGGCGGCAGCCACCACCACAACCUGAACUUCACGAUCUUGCCGUCUUCAGGGAACUCGACCGGCGCUCUUGCUGGCUUCAACAGGGGGACCCUUCAGUCCAAUUCAUCUUCUCCUCCGACGUCUUUGUUACCUCAGCUCCACAGGUUUUCCGAUGGAUCUCCACAGGGCUUCUACUUGGACAACCAUCCGGCUACGAUGCCCGCUUGCAGCACUCCGGCCAGAAAGGAAAAGGCAAAAACUGAGCUCGAAAAAUCAAUUUCAUUAAUCAGUCCUGGUGACUAAAAUUUCGCGCACUUUACUGAGGCACUGUGUACUCGUUCUCCUGCAGCCUCAGCGUGCGACCUUGUGUUGUUGUGCCAUCUGAAAUUUUAUAUGUAUUAAAGUAAUUUUAGUAGUGCUCUGAUUUUGCUGGUUUAAAAUGUUCCAAAACUGUUUUUAUUUUUAAUUUUUUUUUCCCCCUCUUUAAGUGGUGCUGUGUGUUUGGUGAGAGUAUUGAAUAUUUUUUUCUCAGGUCUAAUUUGUUCUCGCUCUGCACAAUUGUUCAUAAUAAUGGUGCGAACUCAAUGUUAUGUUGCAUGUAGUAAUUGGUCAUAAUAAUGGUGCGAAUUCGAUGUUACGUUGCAUAUAAUAAAUGUAUACGUAGUAUUUUGGACA